AUGGCGACCCCCGGAAAGAAGCCCGUGGUGCUGCACAUCGGCGACCCAAUAAAGUACAACCCCGACACAUACGCGGCCUUCUCGACCGCCUUCGACGUGAUCCGGCCCAGCGCCGCAGAACGCCAGCGGCCAGAGUUCAUCCGGGCGCUGAAGGACCGCAGAUGGGGCGACUUCUCCGCCAUCUUCCGGCCGUUCUGGUCGACGGGCGGCGAGAUGGGCAAGUGGGACGCCGAGCUUAUCAGCCUGCUCCCGGCGAGCUGCAGGGUGUUCGCCAGCGCGGGCGCGGGGUUCGACUGGGCUGAUACGAAGCUGCUGGGCGAGAGAGGCGUCAUCUACUGCAACGGCGGCCUAGCCGCCGCAGAGUCCGUAGCCGACUUCGCCGUCGCGCUGGUGAUCAGCACGUUCCGGCACCUCGCGUGGAGCGUCGCGGCGGCGGUCAUCCCGCCGCUGACAUCCAGCGACCCCGCCGACGCCGAGGCGGCCUUCCGCUUCUCGCACGAGCACGAGGUCUUCCACAGCCACAACCCGCGCGGCCACGCGCUGGGGCUGAUCGGGCUCGGCAAGAUCGGGCAGCUGGUCGCGGACAAGCUGGGCAACCCGAGCAUGGGCAUGGUGCUGCACUAUUAUGAUGUCGUGCGGCGACCCGAGGCGGACGAGAAGCGCAUGGGGCUUACUUAUCACCCGUCGCUGGCGUCGCUGCUGGCGGCGAGUGACUGCGCUGUCCUGUGCACGCCUGCUAGUGCUGAUGGGAAGCCGCUCAUUAACGCUGCGGCGCUGGCGAGCAUGAAGCCCGGCGGGAGGUUCGUGAACAUUGCGCGCGGGUCGCUCGUUGAUGAAGACGCGCUGGCGGAUGCGCUCGAGAGCGGUCGCGUCAGCGCUGCGGGGCUGGAUGUCCAUGCUGAUGAGCCGCGGGUGUCGAAGAGGCUUUUAGAGUUCGCUGGUGCGCAGCUCAAGAGCGCGGGACCCCAAGGUGGGAAGAUCGGGCCUGAUGGCAAGGCAAUUAACCCGGGAAGGGUGCUUUUGACUUGUCAUAAUGCUGGUGGAACGGUGGAGACGCAUAUUGGGUUUGAGGAGCUGGCUAUGAGGAACAUCAUGGCUGUGUUGGAGGGCAAGCAGGCCAUCACACCGGUGAACAUGCACUUUUUGAACAAGAAAGAUAGCAAGUUGUAG